ACAGUGCAGACAGUCUGUGAUAACUCACAGGCACCAGCGAGCUGCCCUAUAUAAAAGUUUCCGAAGCUCUGCAUACUUCCUCACUGGGCUGCGUUCUCAGAAAAGAUGAAGCUUGCUUACACAGCUUUGCUGCAGACAGUAACCCUGCUUUUUACAAACAGGCUUGCUCUAUCCGAAGAAAAUGCAGGAAGGGGAGAAGAAGAAAAGGUGUCUCCUGCUUGUUCUCUCAUGCUCCAGAGCAGUGGGAAAUGUGAUGGAGAGGAAUGCCCCUAUCAGGUUAGCUUUCCUCCAAUGGCCAUCCAGCUACCCAAACAGUUUCAGCUGAUUGAGAAGACCCUCAAAGAAGUGCAGCACCUCAAGGAAAUGGUUAACGAUUUAAAGAAAUCCUGCCAAGACUGUAAACUCCAGGCAGAUGAUAAUCAAGACAAGGAGAACAACGAAUUUCUGCCGCCUGGCAUGGAUGGCCCAACCAAUCAGAGCAAAAUACAAGAUAACCGAGUAAUGGACCUGCAGGACAAGGUUUCCAAGCUGUCAGAUAGUCUGAAGAACGCAAAGAACCAGAUCCAUACUUUACAUGGCCGUCUGGAAAAAAUGAACCUCAUAAACAUGAACAAUGUAGAAAACUAUGUAGACAAUAAAGUUGCCAACCUGACAUUUUUUGUGAACAGUCUGGAUGUUAAGUGCUCUUCACAAUGUACAGCUACGCAACCAGAGCCAGUUAUCCAGCUUCUGCAAGGAGACUGUUCCAAUUAUUUCGCAGCAGGAAACCGGCGUAAUGGGAUCUACAAAAUUACCCCGGAUCCCAGAAACAGCAGCUUUGAUGUUUACUGCGACAUGGAAUCUUUUGGAGGCGGCUGGACUGUGUUCCAGAUGCGUCAGGACGGCAGUGUUUCUUUCAACCGAACCUGGGAGGAAUACAAGAAUGGCUUUGGGAAUGGGAAAGAGUUCUGGCUAGGCAAUGACAAAAUUCACCUCCUGACCAAAAGCAAGGAGAUGCAAUUGAGGAUUGAACUUGAAGAUUUCAAUGGCGCCAGAGAAUAUGCUAAAUAUGACCAGUUCUAUGUUGCUAAUGAAUAUCUCAAAUAUCGGUUAACCAUUGGCAGCUUCAGUGGCACUGCUGGGGAUGCCUUGCACUUUAACAAAUACUACAACCAUGAUCAAAAGUUCUUUACCACCCCAGACAGGGACAAUGACAGGUACCUUUCAGGCAACUGUGGAGCAUAUUAUAGCUCUGGAUGGUGGUUUGAUGCAUGUCUGGCUGCUAAUCUCAAUGGCAAAUAUUAUAACAAAAAAUAUAAAGGGGUUCGCAAUGGGAUUUUCUGGGGCACAUGGCCUGGAGCUUCCGAUGAUAACAUGAAUGGCUAUAGAAAACCUUUUAAAAAGGUUAAAAUGAUGAUGAGACCCAAAAGCUUUGUGCCGUGAAUUCCCCUGUACCCCCAAAUCCCUAUAUCCAAUAUUGGCACCUUCCCCCAGUAUUGAGUGCAAUUUAAGAAUAUUCUGUUACAUUUUCUUUUUUGAUAUCUUUCUCUUGCUAACGUCCCUCUUCCAAAAGUAUGCAGACGCAUUUUCCUGAUGAAAUUCAUUAUACACAAAAACCUAUUUACAUUUUUGAAGCAAAUAAUACUUCAGCCUCAUAUAUGGUCAGAAUUUGGGUUUAAGCUAAUUUUGACACGACGACUUUGGAGCAAUUCCAGUAUUCCAGUACCGUUAUCUGUUCUAGCUCCUCGCAAAAGGUUUAGAUGAUUGGGGGCAUUUAAACUUUGUGUUUAAGUGCCCCAUUUGUAAUGCUCCUUCAGCGCAUUCCAGAAACAUCUUAAGAAACUCAAUAAGUUGCCCCUACCCCCCACCCCCAAGUCUCUCAGCUCAAUCUACUUUACAGGGUUGUUGUUAGGAUAUAUGAGGGAAGGCCCCCAUACAUGCUGCCUUGAGUUUCUGGAGAAAAAGCUGCACAUAAAUGUGAUUUAUCAGUUUGCUUCAAAGCCAGUGAAACUAAAUUGCCUUGCCAUGCUUUCCGAGGCAAGAAAAUGGUCUUCAUCUCUCUUUGACUAUUCUUUUCUAUGUAUAUAAUAGAGAUUAUAUUUUUACAGAUGAUGAAUAAUUCAUUGCCACUGUUGCCUAUCACUUUUUUUUUUAUCAUGAACCAUGUCUAAAUAGUUUGUAGAAGAGUAGCUGCAUUAGUUUUUUUCAGUAAAAACCAUGAAGAAUCCUGGAGCACCUUAAUUAAUUUUAGUUUUCAUAGUAUAUUAUUGUAGUAUAUUAUAAUAAUUUUAUUAUAAUAUGCUAUAAAGUUUAUUAUAGUAUAAAAAUACAUGGACCACAGUUGACUUUAUUGGAUGCAUGAAUCUGAAAUGGUUGACUACAAUCCUCAAAGGUUAUAUUCUAUUAGAUGCUAUUAUCAUUUCUAAUGAAUUUGCUAAGCUUACACAUGAAAUCAUAAUAAUUAUGCCACCUCUUCAAAUCCGAAUGUACAUAACAGUUGGGAUUCACUCAGGAUUAGAUGGCUUUAAGUGUCAUUGAAAACAAUGGGAGAUGUUAUUCAUGGCGAUUGAAAACAAGGAGAAUUAAAUGAGCUUAAAUUACAGUGGGCUUAAUUAAGUAUUUCCAGAUCUAGAUUCAAAAUGCUAUUUUUAUUCAAUGGGUGAAGAAAGAGCCCAAAACAUACCUUUAAGUUUACAGAAGGGAAACCAUAACUUAACAUUCCACAUUUAGGUCAGCAGCUGUCACAUCAUGGUGAAAAUUAACAUGUGAUAGCGUAAUUCCAUGCAGUCUUAAUAGUACCAGCCACAGCUACAGAAAGAAGACAAAGCAGUUGCAGCACCAGUCCAGACCCUUCCCACAGCCGUGAAUCUCUGGCCACUAUACUGGCCAUACAUAACUAGGCUGCAGACCAAUGAGCCUGCUAUACUACCAUUGUACUGAAUGCAAACAUAAAUACUUGUUGAUGGCAUGACUGCUGUCUUAUUCUUUUCCAUAUCUAAGCAAAACUGUCAGGAACAGGCUGAUGUUAUUUUUAAGGACCUCCAUGCAGCAAUAUCUACCAUCAGCCUUAGGCCUUUCCCCAGAUCAGGACUCACAAUCCAAGCUAAACUAUAACCACAAUAACUGUUGUAGAAUAUACAAACUCAGGGAGGGUAGAAGUGAUCCUACCUGAGCCCAGAAGGUAUAAUUAAGGGCUCAUGUAUAACCAUUGGCCUCAGCCUUCAAAAUUUAAACAGUAAUUUUAUGAAGUUGCACCAGUGGCUCCUCUGCUGCUGUCCAUCCUUUCACGGAGCCAGCAAGAGAGUGUAAGACAAGCCAGCAACUUCUCUCUGCAUUUGUUCUUCCCUAUCAGCAUUUGCCUUUUACUGCAAGGGGGAAAAAAGUCUCAAGACACCAGCUGACCUCUGUGAGAUCAGAGCAGCAAAGCUGCCCCUUGGACUAACUGGAGAGGAUGGGGGGUGGGGGGGUUGAUGGCAAGAUAGCACAGUGACUUGGUGACUGUAGAGAGGAGAGGGAUGUUAGGAGCUGGGAAACAGGCCAAGGUGAGAGUCCUGCCAUCAGGACACCAGCUGCUUCACAGCUCCAGGGAGAACACUCCAACUCUGACUUCAUAUUUGUAGCACUUCCUCUGGAGGAGGAGUUGAGUCGACAGGUAAUCAACUUGGUUUCUCAAGACUAAUGGUAUUGUAGGCACAUUUGUGGGGUGACAACAACCUCAGGUCAGGACAACCCUUAUCUAUACAAGAGGCUCUAGAGGCAAGAUGGCCCUGGGAGUGAUCAGAUAAACUACUAUAGAACCAAGAUAGCACACAGUCAGUUAACAAAUCACCCAUAAACAGUAUAUUAGAAUCUCAAACAUGGAUCUUUUCCUGUUUGAAAUAUUUCUGAACAUUUAGGUUGGCAUUUCCUUUCAUUCUCUAACAAGGAUGAAGAUCAGGCAACAGCAGGAACAAAGUCCACCACAUGGGGUGAUUUUAAAGGCCAUUGAAAGUGACUCAGUGAGGAAUCCUGAGGUUAUAAAAUCUGAGGAUUUCAGAUGGCUGAUUCUUGGAUUGAGAUUGAACAUUCCUAAAUACUAGUUAAAGAGCCUUCCUUCUGCAUGCUCUGUUUGCUCUCCAACUCAACAGCACAUUUUGUCCACUUAGUCAGAAUUACUCAUUUUGGAAUGCUGUGGGGGAAAGUGACAUUUGAUAUUUCUUUCAAUAGAUCUCAUAUAUUUGUCUAAUUUUUAAAACCUAUU